AGAAGUCGCGCGUGUUUGUCGGCGACUCCAUCGAUAGCUCCCUGCCAGCACACACUACCCACUGAUCAGUCACAACAACUCGAUCACGGCCUGCACCGCUCACGACGCGCUCGCCAUGGAUCAGCAAGCAGCGACUCUGUUGAGUACGCUCAAGCGACCCUCGGCGCAGACCGACGUCAAGAUCAACCAGCUCAACGCGCUCAAAUCCGACAUCAAGCACUAUCGAGUGCCCGAGAACGCCCAAUCCACCAUUUUCGACUGCAUCAAACUCGCUAUUUCACAACAGGCAUCCUCGACGCUGCUCAACACUGCAUUAUCGACCCUUGGACACUUGGUAAAGCGACUCAAAAUCCAGGACAACAGCGGCCAUGCCAUCUCACAACUUGCGCCGAGGCUCCUCCCGGCCCUUCAGGAAAGGCUGGGUGAUUUGCGCGAACCAGUGCGCGCGGCUGCGUCGCAAGCAAUGGGCGACUUGUACCCCUUUUGCACGAGCGACAUCGAAGAGAUCAUUCGGGAUGAGGCCAUUGGAGGGUCCAGCGUGCGCGCAAAGGAGACGGGAAUGAGGUGGGUGGCUCGGAUGCACAAAGACGAAGGCAUGCCUUUCAAGUCCUACACACAGAGCAUUGUGGCGAGGUUGGAAGACGCGGACGGGACAGUGCGAGAAGCCGCCAAAGCUGUUGUAUUGGAAUUAUUCAGCGACGCGCCGAAUGGUGCCAAGCUCGACCUGAAAAAGCAACUGAAAGCAUAUUCGGUGCGGCAUGCUAUUGCGACCCAAAUUCUGGCCGGUAUUGGCGCGGAGGGAACUGCGUCACGGCCACAGACAUCGAGCAAUCCAGCGCGAACUGCGACACCAGACAUGGCUGCCUCGACGCGAUCGUUGCCAGCGCACAAGGACCUAGACGAAAUCCUGAAGAGCGAGGCUGCGCAGCCGCCACCGCAAGAGACCGUUCCGAUGGAUCCCAUAUAUCUGCACUCUCAAAGAGAACUCGAAGAUAUCUUCAACGAUAUGCUGCCGCACAUGGAAGGAAAGGAGACCGAGCACAACUGGGUGCCUCGAGACAAAGCUGUCUUGAAAUUGAGGCGAAUAUUGAAGGGCAAUGCGCCGAAUGAGUAUCAUCAUGCAUUCAUGGCUGGAAUCAAGAGCGUGAUAGAAGGUAUUCUGAAGAUCGCAAACUCCCUGCGCACAACCAUGGCCUCAAACGGCUGUCAAUUGAUACAAGAGCUUGCGAAGACACUCGGCCCUGCCAUGGAUCCUCAUGUUGAGAUUCUGCUUCAGUCGUUCAUCAAGAUGAGCGCUGCCACAAAACACAUUCAAGCGGAGAACGGCAGGAUAACAGCAGGUGAGAUCUUCCAGAACUGCACAUACCACAACCAGAUGAUGCGACACAUCUGGCUGGCUGCGCAGGACAAAAACGCACAAGUAAGGCAAUAUUCAACAGGCUGGCUCUCGAUCAUCCUGAAGCGACAAGCGAGCUACAAGAGCAGCUUCGACAGCUCUGGUGGUCUCGAGCUAGCGGAGAAGUGCAUCAAGAAAGGGCUGGACGACUCAAACCCCAAAUUCAAGGAAAGCACACGAGCCACAUACUGGACUUUCGCGAAGACAUGGCCAGCUAAGGCAGAGAAGAUCAUGGGCGCAUUAGACCCGAAGGCCAAGGCCGCUCUUGAGAAAGAUCCUAACAAUCCUAAUGCAUACUUGCACCAGUCCGUGGCGGCGGCUUCAACAUCAUCGAGACCUGGAGGCACGGCAAGCAGAACUACCUUGCGUGAACACAUGGAGGCGCAGAGGAAAGCAAAGAGUGGUGGCAAGCUGCCGUCACGGCCAAACUCGGCCAUGGCUGAUCUGUCGCCUGUGAAAAGCCGAGCAACCCCAAAUGGCUCGGUUCGUGGACCUUCAAAAAUGUCACAGGUCACGAACAGGCAAGUGUCUGGUCAAUCAAAUGCUUCGACAACAGAAGCGUCCGGUUCCGCAGCAGCUGCGAAGAAGGGUAGUUCCCUCAUGUCUGGUCCUGUGCGGCGGCCACGAAGACCGGAGAUUGCACGCCCACAAACAGCCGACCCAUAUGCAUCAAGACGCAUGCUACGACCAACGACACCAGCAACCGACAGCGAUGCUGGAAGCCCAGAUAAGAAUACUGGCGCGUCAAAGGCAUCUGCUGCAGCUUCUGGCACUGCUAGGAACACUGGCAAAACAGCAGGAGUUGCUAACGGCAGCCCUCGAGCGAGCCCAUUCCGAUACAGUCCCGCUCUGUCAAGGAAGCAGUCACAGCCCGGACUUGACUCAAGACCUAGCAGCAAAGGCAGUGAGACCGCCCGUAGCUUCCGGGAGGACGACCGUCCGACGGGCAUGCCGAGAGGCAUCACUGAUAGAGGGCAAUUCUCCCCAGGCCACAAGCGUCCUGGGCUCGGCGAGACUAGGUCCGUGGACAGUGGCAUCCCAUACUUGGCAGAAGAAGAGAACUUCACUAUGGUCAUGCCAAGUCUACCAAAUCAGCCGCGAGCACCUUCGCCUUUGGCAUACAGGAGUCCUAUCAGGGCCAUGUUUGAGGAAGCGCGCAAUGUGGGCAAGCUCUCUCCCGAGGCACAGCGAACCAUUAGUGGCUCAGGAGGGCCAAUGGACGACGUGGACAGUGUUCAUCAAGGCGGACCUGUUCGAGGAGCUGAUGAGGUGCAAAUAUAUGAGGACCCAUUCGUUGAGAGCACGACACAAGCCGGCGCGCAGGAUGACCGAAAGGUUCUAGGCGAACUUCCGUUGAACGAGAAUGUCAGAGAGACGAGCCCUACACAAAGCGUUGGCUCGAGUAAUGGUCCUAACAGCCCACCUCAAACCAAUGGCGUACGACCCCCACCACUCAGUUCGACACCUCAGGAUCGGGCAGAGGUAGUCAGAAACCGGCGACUACUAAGUUCUGGUAUUGAGCGCAUCAGGACCAAGGCACUGGAUGCACACGGCUUCCGUCGCGUACAAGAUCUCGUCAAAUACAAGGGCGACAUCUGGGACGGCGGCAAGAAAUACGAUGAGCUCAUGACGGUCCUGCUCGAGUAUCUACAAACCAUGGACCAAGAUUCCAAAUUGGCACCACAGCCUUCAAAACUCGCCGGACUAAAAGCGCAAGCACUGAGCGUGCUCCGAGCUCUCGUUGCACUGCACCCCAAAGACGCGACAGCCUGGCACGCCAAAGCACUCGUCACAGUCCUUGCAGUGCGCAGCGCAGUAGACGCAAACAGCCACGUCACAUCAGACAUCCAACGUACCGCCGAUGAAAUCAUCAAAGAUGCCAACUACGAAAACUGCAUCGAUGCCGUUCUCGACUUCCUUCCUGAAAGCAGCGAAGAAUCUCCUCGAAUGAUCGCCAUGGCACUUUCGAUUCUCCGCCAACUCGUCACAAAAUCGAAGUCUGACAGGGAUGCCGAUCUAGGCCCAGAACGCAAGUCCCGACUCGCACAGACUACAGCUCGAUUUUUGAAUGACGCAGAUUCGGAAGUGAGGAAAGUCGAUGUCGAUCUCGCGAGUGAGUUGUUCGAUGUCUUUGAGCCGAGUAAGGCGAACUUCUGGCAGGAAUUCAAGGGUGUUGAUGAGGGUCGUUUGGGCUUGUUGACUUAUUAUAUUGCAAAGAAGGGGAAUAGGUUGGCUGGGAUUGCGACGCAGUAGGGUUUGAGCUUCGCUGGAGAAGAGAGCGGAUAGGGGAGGAAGUGAAGGGACGGAUGAGCACUUGAUCUCGUAUUCUCUUUUGUCCCCUUUGCAGGCACACGUUGUCGUAAUACCACUAAGUACAAGCGCAGGCGUUGGGUUCUAGGGAUUGCAUUGAAAUGCUGGGUUGGAAGGGAUGGAAAAGAUGGGGAGUCUUUUUGGUUUGGAAAGGGUUGGUUGCAAUGGGGGAAAAAGCGACCAAAGAGUUCUACCACUACUACUACCACUACUUCCAGCUUCUUUCUAGAAUUCCCUCUUACGGUAUAGCAUUUUUUGGUGUACAAGGGCUGUUUCGGGGC